AUGCAGUCGAUUUUAAAACGAUGUCUUUUGACACCGACGUUCCAAUGUCUGACACAACGAUCUAACUUACAUCUUUCAUCGAAAUGCUUGUUUCCAUUGAUACCUAUGGUGGUCGAACAGACAGGACGCGGUGAACGAGCUUAUGAUAUAUAUUCUCGUUUACUGAAAGAACGAAUUAUUUGUGUGAUGGGGCCAAUAACUGAUGAAUUGUCAAGUUUAGUCAUCGCGCAACUUCUUUUUCUGCAAUCGGAAAGUUCAAAGAAACCUGUUCAUAUGUAUAUCAAUAGUCCUGGUGGAAUUGUUACUGCUGGUCUUGGAAUUUACGAUACAAUGCAAUAUAUCACCCCGCCGAUUGCAACAUGGUGCGUUGGACAAGCAUGUUCGAUGGCGUCGCUCUUAUUAACAUCCGGUACACAUGGCCUACGUCAUUCACUGCCUAAUUCGAGAAUUAUGGUUCAUCAACCUUCCGGUGGCGUCCAGGGGCAAGCAACUGACAUUAUGAUCCAUGCGGAAGAAAUAUUGAAAUUGAAGCGUGUCGUGAAUAGAUUAUAUGUUAAACAUACAGGCCAAUCAGCUGAAGAAAUUGAAAAGUUACUCGAACGUGAUCGAUUUUUUGAUGCUGAAAGUGCUAAAUGUCUCGGGUUGAUUGAUAAAGUUCUUGAACAUCCUAUCGUCGAUAUACAAACAGACGAAAACAAGCAAUCGAAAUCAAAUACUUAG